AUGGGUGCAAAAGCAUCCAAAAAUAAAAUCGAGAGCAGUCAAAGUGUUGACAGCGUCCAAUCUCAUCACACCUCUGCACCAACAGUCAUAGUCGACGGACGAAGUUAUCACAACGUUGAAACCAGCUCCUACUUUCUACCACGCGAUGAAGAAGAACAAGAUAGACUUAAUUCGCAACACUUUUCUAUCAAAGCACUUUAUGGAGGCAAUAUUCUCUCCCGCGUCGAGCAAACACUACCCCAAGAUGCCUAUAUAUUGGACGUAGGAUGUGGCUCAGGUUCAUGGGUUAUGGACAUGGCAAUCGACUUUCCAAAUUCCAGAGUUAUUGGUCUCGACAUGAUGGACAUGUUCCCUACAAUGAUUCGCCCUGAAAAUGUCAUAUUCGAACUCGUAAACGUACUCGACGGCAUUCCUUAUCCGGAUAAUACAUUUGACUUUGUACACAUGCGAUUGAUGCUCAGUGCAUUUAGAAAACAAGAAUGGCCUCUUGUGAUUACCGAGAUCUAUCGUGUUCUCAAACCUGGAGGAAUAGUUCAACUAUUUGAGAGUGACUUUACGGACAAGAGCAAGAGUCCGUUGGUUGGAUCUUUUAUAUCAGAGCUUAUAAAUCUAAUGCAGGAACGCGAACAAGAUCCAUGGAUUGCUGCCCAAUUGGGCGAUUUGUUAAGACAGCAAUCAUUCGAAAAUAUUGAGUUGGACUUGAGGAAAAUUGACUAUGGCGAAGCUUCUAAUCCCAUAUCCAAGGAAAUGCUGUGGAAUUGGAAAAUCGUCUUCCUGGCACUGAAACCUUAUAUUAAUCUACAUUUCAAUGCUUCUUCCCAAGAAUACGACGAUAUGGUGAAACAAUUCUCCAAAGAGUGCCAUAAAUAUGGCUGGGUUGUCAAAACGCUUGCAUACUUUGCCCAGAAACCUCUAAGACCCGCUCAAUAGAGAAAAGUAUACAAUAGUCCAAAGCCCAAAUAAUAGAAAGAGCAGGUCUUUUUAAAAAAAGAAAAAAAAACCCCUAAGAAAACAUUCCCAGGUACACAAAGAGAAUCGCCAUUUGAACACAAGGGGUGUAAAAAAGAGAAAGAGUGUGUGCGAUUGUGAGUGUGAGUGUGUAAAGAAGAAGGACGAAGAAGAAGAAAACACACACAGGCACCAUUUAGCGAUUACAUUCAUUUUAUUUUAAUUUCAUACAUAAUUCAUAUAUAUUCAUCUUCAAACUAAAAUACCAUUUUAUUUUCUUAGUAAAAUGCCUUGCUUGAUCACUGACAAAUAAAGAAAUCAGAAAAUUUUUAUUAAC